AUGGACCUCAGGGCGCGGGCGGAAACGGAGAGAAGUGCCAACGUUGACUACAUCUUCAACGCUACCGAGCAGCUCAUUGAAUGCCGCCGCACGCUGAAGCACACGUACGUGCUGGCGUUCUACCUGCCCGACCUCAGCCCGGAGAAGAACCUGUUCGAGUGGCUGCAGGAGGAGCUGGAGGUCACCACCGAGUCGCUCUCGGGCGUGUUAGAGAAGCCCAUCUCCGGCAGUGCGGAGGAGAAGCGCAAGAUCAUCGAUCUCACCAACCUCGCGCGCACCCGUCUGGAGCACCUCCUCGACGGCGUCAGAGAGGGUCUCACGCAGGGCGCACGAUUCACGCCGGAGGGUCGCGAGAUCAGAAGCUCGAGCGAGGGCCUCACCUCUGCUGGGGCGUCCUCGUCCUCCUCCCUGGCCUCGUUCUUCACAGGCGGGAGCAAGAAGGCCGCAGCUGCCCCCAAGAAAGGCGCUAAGAAGCGCGGCGGUGGCUUCUUCGGUCGCGGUUAG